UGUUUUUAUAACACAGGUGUUCUGUUUCAUACAUCACACGUGCCUAGCUGCUUAAGAGUUUAUCACGUAAUAAUUUAGUAAGUAUAUAUUUUUUUAUGGUUGAUCAUUUAGACACCCAAAAGGGCUCACAGGGUUGGGGCAAUUUCCGUUAAGUGACUUGCCCAAGGACAAAUAUACGUCCACGAUGGUAGCAGUGACGAGUCUUGAGCCCAUUAUUUCUGAGUUACAUGCGGGCGUGCCAACUACUUUGCCAUGGCGCCGGAGGCCGGACAUGUGACGCUCUUGUGCUGCAGGUCGGUUAGAUUUUACGCUUUCAUCCAGUUUGUUAAACUCAUAUCAGUUCUCAUUUGCAUUGUUUCUGUGUUGUCGUUCUGCAUUUUUGUUAAAGUUGGCAAAUUAUGUUUGAUAUUUUAUACUGUGAAAUUAAAACAACGUGUUUCUGGGAUAGUUCGUAUGUGAGAGGCCAUAUAGCAGUAAACCAUUAGGAAAAGAAUUAAGAAAAGUUUGUAACAAGCAGUGACAACUGUGUCAUCGGAUAUUGAAUAAUAUAUAUUCGCCAUGCGAUAUGGUUUGACGCAGUCGUAGGCCUAAGCCGUCAUGAGGUGUCUGAAACGGAACACCCAUACUAUAACGAUUGUUGUUGCCCCAAUACAAAAGGGGCAAAUUAUAUUUAAAGUACUUAAUGGUGUGCUUGCCUCGUAACUUCAAAAGAUACAGGGUUCAAAGCUCAGUGCUGCUAUACUGUUGUAUGCGUUCGCGUAUCCAUAAUGAAAAAUCCGGACAGUGUGCAACCCAGUUGCAAACUUGUAAUAUUUCUAUACGGUUGACGAAAAAUAAAUAAUCCUUUUGUAAAUUUACUAAAUAUUUACGUCAUCAUUGUUUGGUAUUGUGAUAAAACAAUAACAGAAAAUAGAAAUAUUUUUUAUUCAAUCCAAAAACAUCCACAUAACAUAAUGGGAGCGGAAAGAAAAAAGAAAAGGGAAUCUGUACACAGAUCUCAAAUAAGAAAACGAGCAGAAAAAAGGCGACAAAGUCAGGAGUAUGAACUUUUAAAAAAGAAAAAGGAAUCAAAGGAAAAAAUACGGGAACCUACAGUUAAAAAACAAAAACAAGAUAAGCGAAAUCAACCCAACAGCAACAAACGUAAAAGAAAAGUCGUUAAAGAAGAAACACAGGGAAUCGUAUUUACGAAAGAACAACACACAAAUAAACGAGAAAAACGUGCAAGUCGUGUCAAGUUCAGCGAUCAGAAAAGCAGUAAUAAGCGAAAACGCCCCAACAGCAACAAACGUAAAAGGAAUGUCGUACAAGAAGAAACACAAGUAGCCGUAUUUAGUCAAGUACAACACACAGAUAAACAAACAAAUAGUUCUAAUGAAAAACCUACGAACCGAGUAAAGUUUAGUGAGUUACCGCCCAAAGUUAUAACGACAACACAAUCAACGCACGAUAUUGAAAGAAUGGGUAUGGUUUCGUCACACUCACACAAUUUAAAUGAGAUAUCGAAGACGGGUCAACUGAUAGGUUUCGUCACAAUCCUCAUUGUGUUGGGUAUUACGUCACUUGUGGUGGUUGAGAGACUCAUUUUUCUUUUAACAUGUCCAUGGCAACUAGAAAAUGAAGACGUUCUUUUGUAUUUCGACAUUGACAUUCACAGUGAUGACGUAGAGGACGAUGAGCAUUAUUCGUUCAAAUUCGCUGACGAUUUAAUGUACGACGAUUUCUAUUCAACGGUUCAUACACAUAUUCCAGAAUAUGCCUUGAAUGGAACAACACAUUAGCUUGUUACG